AUCGCAAAUCAUGUGGUGCGUCGAGCGCUGCAAAACCAGCGGAGAAACCUUGCCGGGAAGAACAUGAAGUACGCCGGUGGAUUACACGCGCAGCCAGCGUAUACUCCACCGACGGCGUACACGCCGCCACAGCCAGAAUACACGCCGCCACAGCCAGCAUACACGCCGCCACAGCCAACAUACGCGCCCCCAUACGCGCCCCCAUACGCGCCUCCAUACGCGCUCCCAUACGCGCUCUCAUACGCGCCGCCAUACGCGCCGCCAUACGCGCCGCCGUACGCGCCGCCAUACGCGCCCCCAUACGCGCCGCCGUCGGCGUCAAGAUGGCCUUAUAUAUAA